AUGAUCCCGGCCAACGCCUCCGCCAGGAAGGGGCCCGAGGGCAAGUACCCGCUGCACUACCUCGUGUGGCACAACCGCCACCGCGAGCUGGAGAAAGAGGUCCGCGCCGGCCAGGUGGACAUCGAGCAGCUGGAUCCCCGCGGGCGGACUCCCCUGCACCUGGCCACCACACUGGGACACCUUGAGUGUGCCCGCGUGCUCCUAGCCCACGGUGCAGAUGUGGGCAGGGAGAACCGCAGCGGCUGGACAGUGCUUCAGGAGGCUGUGAGUACCCGGGACCUGGAGCUGGUGCAGCUGGUGCUACGGUACCGGGACUACCAGCGGGUGGUGAAGCGGUUGGCGGGCAUCCCCGUGCUCCUGGAGAAGCUUCGCAAGGCCCAGGACUUCUACGUGGAGAUGAAAUGGGAGUUCACUAGCUGGGUGCCCUUGGUGUCUAAGAUCUGUCCCAGCGACACCUACAAAGUGUGGAAGAGCGGGCAAAACCUUCGGGUCGAUACCACGCUCUUGGGCUUUGACCACAUGACGUGGCAGCGAGGGAACCGCAGCUUCGUCUUCAGGGGCCAAGAUACAAGCGCCGUGGUCAUGGAGAUUGACCAUGACCGCCGCGUGGUGUACACGGAGACGCUGGCCCUGGCCGGGCAGGACCGGGACCUGCUGCUGGCGGCCGCUCAGCCCACGGAGGAGCAGGUGCUAAGCCGGCUCACUGCGCCCGUCGUCACCACACAGCUCGACACCAAGAACAUCUCCUUUGAGAGGAACAAGACUGGCAUCCUGGGCUGGCGCAGCGAGAAGACCGAGAUGGUGAACGGGUACGAAGCCAAGGUAUAUGGGGCAUCCAACGUGGAGCUCAUCACCCGGACGCGGACAGAGCAUCUUUCAGAACAGCACAAGGGCAAGGUCAAAGGCUGUAAGACACCUCUGCAGUCCUUCCUGGGAAUUGCCGAGCAGCAUGGGGGCCCCCAAAAUGGGACCCUGAUCACUCAGACUCUGAGCCAAGCCAACCCCACUGCCAUCACUGCAGAAGAGUACUUCAACCCCAACUUUGAGCUUGGCAACCGGGACAUGGGCCGCCCCAUGGAACUCACCACCAAGACACAGAAGUUCAAGGCCAAGCUGUGGCUGUGUGAGGAGCAUCCCCUGUCCCUGUGUGAGCAGGUGGCCCCCAUCAUUGACCUCAUGGCUGUCAGCAAUGCGCUUUUCGCCAAGCUCCGGGAUUUCAUUACCCUACGCCUGCCGCCUGGUUUCCCGGUCAAGAUUGAAAUCCCAAUCUUCCACAUCCUUAACGCUCGCAUCACCUUCGGGAACCUCAAUGGCUGCGACGAGCCGGUGCCGUCGGUGCGAGGCAGCCCCAGCAGCGAGACCCCGUCCCCAGGCAGCGACUCCUCCAGCGUCAGCAGCUCCAGUUCCACCACCUCGUGCCGCGGCUGCGAGAUCUCCCCCGCGUUGUUCGAGGCCCCACGCGGCUACAGUGUGCUGGGCGGCCAGCGGGAGGCGGCGGCCCGCGACGACGACGAUGACCUGCUGCAGUUCGCCAUCCAGCAGAGCCUGCUUGAGGCGGGCAGUGAGUAUGACCAGGUCACUAUCUGGGAGGCGCUAACCAACAGCAAACCGGGCACUCACCCCAUGUCCUACGAGGCUCGCCGACAGGACAGGAGCGCCCCGCCCACGCCGCAGCGCCAGCCCGCUCCCCCCGCGGCCCUGGCGUCGGUGCCCAGCCCUCGGCCCAGCCCGCGCCCGGGCGGCCACGUGUUCCGGAGCUACGACGAGCAGCUGCGGCUGGCCAUGGAGCUGUCGGCGCAGGAGCAGGAGGAGCGGCGGCGGCGCGCGCGCCAGGAGGAGGAGGAGCUGGAGCGCAUCCUGCGGCUCUCGCUGACCGAGCAGUAG